AGGUUCUGCUGUUCCUGGAAUCCAAGCCAAUUGCAGGGUUUUUAAAACAAGGACUCCUUGUGCCUUCAAACUGUGACACAUAGCAGAGCCAACAUGAGAUAGACCACAAUUAAGGCGAAUAUGCCAGGCUUCAUAUAGUUCUGGGUUACUCUGUGGGCUCAAGUGACUUCAAAGUGCAUGCUCUGAUUGGAAGCAUUGAGCUGUCUUCUGUUUUGUGAGAGUGACCAUCUAUGAGCAGCUUCAACACCACCUUAGAAGGUAGCUUCAUUUUGAUGGGCUUCUCAGACUGGCCUCAUCUGGAACAUAUCUUUUUUGUCUUCAUUUCAGUGUUCUAUUUCCUAACCAUCUUUGGCAACUUCACCAUCAUCACAAUCUCACGAAUGGAUCGUCGACUACAAACACCAAUGUACUUCUUCCUUAACAACCUCUCUUUCUUGGACCUCUGCUACACCACCAGCAUUGUACCUCAGCUUCUUGUAAAUAUUUCUGGAAUUAACAAGACCAUGAGCUAUGCUGGGUGUAUGACCCAGUUCUUCAUAGUGCUUUUAUUGGGUGGAACUGAGUGUAUACUCCUGGUGGUGAUGGUUUUCGACCGCUAUGUCGCUGUGUGUCGUCCACUACAUUACACCAGCAUUAUGCACCCCCUUCUCUGCCAUGCAUUGGCCAUCUCCUCCUGGGUAGGAGGCCUCGUGAACUCUCUGACUCAGACAAGCCUCAUUAUGACCAUACCUCUCUGUGGCCAUCACCUGAACCACUUCUUCUGUGAGAUGCUUGUUCUCCUGAAGCUGGCUUGUGAGGACACAGGAGGGACACAGACCAACUUGUUUGUAGCUGGAGCUGUAAUUUUGGUCUGUCCUGUAGCACUAAUUCUAGGCACCUAUGCACACAUUGCUCAUGCAGUGCUGAAGAACAAGUCCAGAGUUGGGCGCAGAAAGGCUCUGGGGACUUGUGGGUCCCACCUUACUGUGGUUUUUCUUUUUUAUGGCUCAGCUAUGUACACGUAUCUCCAACCUGUCCACGUGUAUUCCGGGAGUGAAGGAAAAUUUGCUGCCCUCUUUUAUACUAUCAUUACUCCAAUGCUGAACCCUCUGAUUUAUACCCUAAGAAACAAGGAUGUGAAGGGGGCUCUGUGCAAGGUGCUAGGGAGAGAUACGAGCACAACAUAGGAAGGGAGCAGAAGUUUAUACGAAUAUUGUCUAAUAUUUCUCAUAUGACAAAACUCAUCUUGCCUAUAGAGACCUAUUAUUCUCCAGAAGAUAUUCCUCAGUAGGCAUCAUGAAUGUACUUCUUACUUAUCUGAAAAUUAGAACUGGUGAUCUAAAACACUUCUAGACCCUAACCAAAUAGGUAUUAAGGGUUUCUUUGUGUCAUAACUUCUCAAAGGAAUGAGUCUGGGAGAGCGAUAUAGCGGUUCUCCAUAGGAGAAUGGACAUGGACUCUAAGUAUAAUUGAGAGCGAGAGAAUGUAGGUGGUUCAUCUGGUGCUGCUUGUAUUCAAAUGUCAAAAUUCUGUAUCCCAAUAUAUGAUGGCUCCAAGAUGAGCAGAUCCUCAUGUAUACCAGCUUUUGUUGUAAACCUUGCCCCCGGGUUAUCCAUGACUGGUUAAUAAAGAUGCCUUCGGCCUGGGGUGGGCAGAAAAGA